GGAGGGAAGGACGUGCCCUGGUCUCCUCACCUGGAUGGGACAUCUCAGGAAGCCUUGGGUCCACUUGCUGCACCAUCAUGGACACCAGAGUUGGGCCCCUGGAAACAGGCUGUUCCCCUUCCUGUGGGGCUGCUGACGUGACAACCCCAUGACCAGGCAGGCCAGCCCCCAAGUGGCCACACCCUGUGCUUCUGUCUGUCCUCCAAACACCAAGGCCCCUCCCUCUGCACAGCCGGGGCCAGAGGCAGAGACGCCAUGACCCACACCCUCACGGCCCUGCUCCUCCUCGGUCUGAGUGUGGGCCCCAGGACCCGAGCGCAGGCAGGGACCCUCCCCACACCCUCCAUCUGGGCUGAGCCAGGCUCUGUGGUCCCCUGGGGUAGCGCUGUGAACAUCUGGUGUCAGGGGACCCUGGAGGCCGCGGAGUUCUAUCUGGAUAAAGAUGGACACUCAGUGCCCUGGGACAGAAAACCCGCAGUGGAGCCCAGGGACAAGGCCAAGUUCUCCAUCAUAUACAUGACAGAGCAGUAUGCAGGCCAAUAUCACUGUUACUAUCGGAGCCCCGCUGGCUUUUCAGAGCGCAGUGACCCCCUGGAGCUGGUGGUGACAGGAUUCCAUGGCAAACCCACUCUCUCAGCCCUGCCCAACCCCAUGGUGACCUCAGGAGGGAAGGUGACCCUCCAGUGCACCUCAUGGAUGGGAUUCCAUAGGUUCGUCCUGAUGAGGGAAGGAGAACCCAGACCCGCCUGGACCCUCGACUCCCAGCGACACACCAGUGGGCAGUUCCAGGCCCUGUUUCCUGUGGGCCCUGUGACCCCCAGGCUCAGGUGGACCUUCAGAUGCUAUGGCUAUUACAGCAACACCCCCCACAUGUGGUCACUCUCCAGUGACCCCCUGGAGCUCCUGGUCUCAGGUG